AUGCUACUGUAUGAGGAUCCUUUCGCCAAACAGAAGGCGAUUGAAAAGCUUGGCCACGCGAAACAGAAGGUUCGCGAGAUGAGGAAUAAACUCGAGGGGGUUGGAAAGAAGAUGCCAGCCGGUAUCUCUGGUGGUCCUGAACUGGGUUCAAUCAAGCGUGGUACGAUCAAUCUGAAGGAGAGCUUAGCCCGAGCUCAGAAGAGCUCAGCAUCUAGUGGCAAGUUUGAUAAGCGCCAGAAGAACGAGAGGGAAGUGCCGGUCACGAAGCGCCGGAAGGUUGACACUGCCACUCCUAUCAAUGAGGAGAAGUCGAAAAACCUCGCAGUUAUCGGUCGUCUUUUGAAGGGGGAGACCACAUCUACUGGUACAGUGAAGGUCGAUAAGAAGAAGGCUGCUGGAUGGGGGCAGACCUUACAUGAAACCGCUCGGAAGGAAGAGAAAGCACAAAGUGGCGGAUCUAAAAAGAAGAAGGCGCAUCGAUGA